AGUACCCAACCAGUACUGCAGUAGUACUCUCACAGUAACAUUGUUUUUCUUUAAUUUAUUAUUGCCACUAUGAAGCUACUUGCAAUUAUUCUAGUCUGCUCCCAGCUGUAUCUCAAUGGGGCCCAUUCUGAAAUGCUUCCAACGUUUUGUGAUGAUGGUUUAGUUGAAGCUGCUGUGGACGAGGCAAUCAAAACCUACAACAAAAAACUGGUGUCAGGCAAUCAGUUUGCACGCUACCAAAUUACUGAAGCCAAGAAAUCAGAGACAACCUUCAAAAUCAAAUAUCAUGUCAGAGAAUCCAACUGCCCAGUAGGGGGAGACAAAAUCUGGCUGGAUUGUGACUACCUGCCGGAGGGUAAAGCUGAAAUGCGACCCUGCACAACUGAGGUAAAACAUUCUGGGAAAACCAACAAAGUUGUUUCAGUUACCUGUCAUUCCCUUGACGAGGAACGUAUUGCUGCUGAACGGAUGCCUUGUCUUGGAUGCCCUCGGGAAAUACCUACCAAUAACACUGAACUAGCAAAGGCUUUGCAACAUGCAUUAAAAACAUUUAACAAUGAAAGCAAGUUCCCAAAUCUUUUCAUCAUUUCUGUGAUCAAGAAAGCUACCAUACAGGUGGUAGCUGGGUGGAAGUACAAUGCACAUUUUGAGAUGUAUCAAAGCAAUUGUUCAAAAGCAGAGUUUGAGGAGAUAACACCUGAAUGUCAGCCAGAAAACUCAGUUUUCGGUAAUUGCAACGCUACAAUUUAUGUUGUGCCCUGGAAAAGAGAAAUACAUCCUGAUGUAAACUGUGAAACCAAGGAGAUACCGUCUGUGUUUAUAAGGAUGCCCCCAGGCAUGUCUCCCUUCAGCGCUAUUGUUGAGAAUGUUGAUAACCCAAAGACCCCUGAGGAAGCCAGCAAACUCCGAAGAGAUGGAGAUGGGGAGCAAGAAGGAGGAAAACAAUCUUCUGAUAAAUCUAAGGAACACGUGACACAGAGCCCUGACAGUGUUCCGACAGAUUCAGAACAUGCUGGUGGAGAAGAAUCCCAGGAACAGGCAACAGGAUCAGGUCCUGUUACACCUGACCCAAAUGGCCCUAUAGGAUCAGGUCCUGGGCCAGUAAUAAUUAAUCCUGAUGUGAUGGGAGAACCAGAUAGACUACUGGACUUACCUGGAGGGCCUGGACCAGUGGAUCUGCAUCACCUGUUCCACUGCCCCAGCAAACCAUGGAAGUCUAUCGAUUUCCAUGUCGUUACUCAUGCCCCACAGCCGAAAUCCGUAACAGACGGGCCCCCCACUGUAGUGACCGAGGACAAGUUGAAGCAAAGUGGCACAUUCACAGAUGCCGACCUGUUGGCAGGUCUGUAAAGAGUCUUCACACUUUGAAGCUUUACCUCAGUGUCUUGUGUAGCAGGAAUUUAGUUUGCUACUCAGUUUGGAGCCUAAACAUAGAUCUAAAUUUGUGUUUGAUACCAGCUGAUGAGCUAGAUUUCACAAUCCUAGUUAAUUAAUGAAACUUAAAUAUUUCUUAAGUGCCUUUGUUAUGAAGGAUGUAAAUAAACUAUACCCAACAGAUUUAUCAUGCUUGAUUACCUUGAUCUUUUUUUUUCGCUGUAGGAACCACCAGAGGUUGUAUCAACAAAUCUUUCCUAUCUUAUUUUAGGUAAAUCUGUACAGUUACAAAAGGCUUCUGGUUAUUGAACACAAUUACAUGUUUUACCACUCGGAUUUGUACUAAACAGGACACUAUGCAUUUUUACAGAGGUUUGCAAAGUCUUAUUAAAAGGUGGACUGCUCUGUACCCUCUUUUUAAAUGUAUGUUAAUGUUGAAAAACAUCUCACUUCUUAAUAAAAUUGUGUUUAAAACAA